AUGUAUCAGAUUGACACCGCAUCUGGACAUGUCAACUACUCCUGGGCCCCAGACAUACACAUCUUCUACCCAACACUUGCGGCUGCGAUUGCAGAGGGCCUGUAUCUGCUCAGUGCGGAACGCAACCCAAAUUUUGUGAAGAUGAGUGCCUAUGCCCCCAGCUUUGCAAAUCUUAAUUACGAAGAGUGGACUCCAAAUCUGGUAGCUUUACGGGCUGACUACGACAUGACGAUUCUCAGCACGAGUCACUACAUGCAACAACUGUUCGUACAUCACCGGGGGGGCAGAGACGUUACCAACCGCAGCAGUGAUGGGAAGUUUCAAUCCGCUUUCGUGGGCUGCAACAGCGGGGGAAGGAGAGGGCACGGUCUACUUCAAAGUGAUCAGUUCCGGGAACAGCUCUGUGCUGUUGACGCUCGAUUUUGA